CUACUGAUUUUAUAUAAUCUAUACCGUGGUUUAUUUCAAUUUUCAAAUCAAAUUUCAAUUUAGUUGACAUUUUUGAUUUUUAGUUCGGGUACAAAAUAUGGAUUUGUAAAUUUUAUUUUAAUGGCUUCAUCAGUGCAAAAUAAUAGGGUUUCUCCUUCUGGCUAUUGUGCAUGUUGUCGAACGUGCAAUAUGUAUUGCUGGAGGGCAUUAAAAUGGAUUCCAGUACUGUUGAUAGUUUCUAUUGUGACAUGGUCGUAUUAUGCAUACGUUCUCCAGUUAUGCAUUUUUACCAUUGAGAGUACAGUGCAACAAUGUGUCUAUCUCGUGCUUUACCACAUUUUAUUUAUAAUGUUCGCUUGGUCGUAUUGGCGAACAAUUUUCGCUGACAUCAAGUCGAUUCCUGAUAAGUAUAAGUUACCUGAAGAGGAAUUAGAAAAGUUGUUAAGUGCAGACACAGAAGAAGGACAGCGUACAGUUUUGGAGAAUUAUGCUAAAGAUCUUCCAAUAGUCACUAGAACAAUGUCAGGGUCAGUGCGGUAUUGCAACCGCUGUGUUCUUGUGAAGCCAGACCGUGCCCACCACUGCAGUAUAUGUGCUAGAUGUGUACUAAAGAUGGAUCACCAUUGUCCAUGGGUGAACAAUUGUGUCUGUUUCCACAACUACAAGUUCUUCAUGCUAUUCCUUGGAUAUGCGUUGCUGUAUUGUGUAUUCAUUAUGUCAACGUGUUUGCCAUAUUUCAUCAAGUUUUGGAAGAUGUAUCAGGAAUACAAGCAUGCUCACUGCGAUCGUUUUAUUGAAAACGGUUCAUAUACUAAACAAUGCAUGGAUAUUCUUAAUGGUGAUUUCGGUGCAGCUGGAAGCUCGGGUCGUUACCACAUAGUGUUCGCAUUCUUUGUGGCUCUCAUGUUUGCGGUAUCUCUUGGUUCGCUCUUCGGCUACCAUUGCUAUCUUGUAUCGCAUAAUAGGACUACGUUAGAAGCAUUCCGUGCUCCAAUGUUCCGUGGUGGCGCCGACAAGAACGGAUUCUCGAUUGGUGCCUUCAAAAAUUUCAAAGAGGUGUUUGGCAAUAGUCCAAACCUCUGGUUCCUGCCUGUGUUUACGAGCCUGGGUGACGGCUGCGAAUACCCGGUGCGCCGCGAGCACCAGCUACAAACUUUCACGACUGCGCCGGACGGGCUCGGGUACGAAUCUAUGGGCACCACGCGCUCAAGCUUUGGCGAUGGGAUCGUCUACCCGGUACCUCAACAAGAUGAAGACACGGAAUCACUUCUGAGCUCAGAAAGAUGGGACCGUUGGGGCGAAAGGGCGCGGCCCUUCGACGAACGAGAGAGCUCCUCGUACGACGAACUCUGAGUAGCGGGCUGGUCACGUUUACGAAAUGCAGGCUUAGUGUAUUAUGUGUAGGUUUAAAAAAAAAUAUGGAUUUAUUAGUUACGCAGAAACCUAAAAAUUACAUAAUUGGGCUGUUUACAACCUACGGUUUUGUGGUGUUGUAUCUUGUUGCAGCACAAUCUCAGUUAAUAUGAUCAUUUUAAAUACAGUCAAAAUCUGUUAUAACGACAUCGAAGGGACUACUCAUAUUUGGUCGUAAAAUCCGAUAGUCGUAACAGCCGAUGAUGUUAUUAAGUACCUAAUACAAUAGAAUUCAGCCGGGACCUUUGAUUUUGGGUAAAAUAAUCGGUAUGUUGUUCUAAACAAUGUCGUCGUAAACGGUUUUGACUAGAUUCUUAAAAACAUCUGUUUUGAAAAUUCGCAAUACAUAAGUAUUCGCUGCGAAACUAACAUUUUAUGCGAUGCAGUUCACACGUCUUAAAUAGAAUUUCUUUAAUAAAAUAGAUAUUUAACUGGGUUUAUUUGAACCUGUUUAAUAUGGUGAUUUAAAGUGAAAUUAAUUGAUGUUAAGAAGCGGCAACACAGUCUUCGUACUUACUAUUAUUAGGCCUUAGCCAUAGUUGUAUAUUGCCUGCCAUGUAACGUGACCAUUUAUUAAAAAUGUAUAGAACGGUGCUGAUCCUUAAGUAAAAUUAAAAAAAUAUUAUAUAUUAAAAUUAAAAAAUGAAAAAAAUUGU